AUGCCUUUUACAUCAAGAGAUUAUGCUCUUAUGCAUUACUAUUACGGCUAUGCCAGAGGAAACGCUUCGGAAGCUGCCAGGUUGUACAGGGAAGAAGUACAAAAUGGAGGUGGAUCACAGCCUGAAACUUGGCCUGAUCAUCGAAUGAUUUUAAGAGUUCAUAAUUCUUAUAUGGAAGGACGUCUACCAGGCGUAAGAUCAGGACGUAUACGUGAACUUCGAGAUCCAGAUACAGUCGAAUCAGUCCUCGAAGAAGUGGCGGCAGAUUCAUCAAUUAGUGUAAGAACCUUAGAACGUCGAAUUGGAGUGUCAAAGUCUCAGGCACAUCGAAUACUACAGCAAGAGGGGUUUCACCCAUAUCACAUUCAAAGAGUGCAGCAAAGAAAGAGCAAGGGCAAAGAGCAAAGAGAAGAAAAGAGUGGCCUUCUGUCAGGUAAUGCUGCGGCGUCAAGCUGA